AUGAAAUCGGACGACAUCGCAACGCUUCAAUUCUUUCCUACAACGUUCACGAAUCCUACACCGCCAGGACCACAUUAUCACCCGCUAGCCGGCCCUCCACUUUUGGCACCUGGCCCAUUUUGGAAUCCAUGUUUAUUCUCGCUUUUUUCUACGUUUACCGAUCCUACACUGACAGCGAUUCCAGUGCCCAACGCACAGCCGCCUCUCAGCGCCCAACAACAGCCUUUACUGAAGUUCCCUCAACUGAUAGAAAACAAUCCUGAAUGCUUCUCGCAGUCUAGUGAAAGCUCCCAGACAACGGAAUCCGGUACAUCGACUCCUGGCAAUUUCCUUCCUGAGCGAGUUUCCUCACCCGAAAACUACAGUACGACCUCGAGAAUCCGUCGAGGACGACCUCAGCAGGACAUCACUGACGAUGACGAUCCAAACAGUCAGAAACGACGACACCGUCGUCUCUACGCCAGGCAGUACAGAGCCCAAAUGCGACAUAAAGUGGACGAGGUGAAAGUACUGCGGGCAAAACUCGACGAAAUGCGACGUACUGUAGAAAAGCUGGAAGCGGCGCUGGAGAGCGAACGGCGAGAACAUCAACAUAAAGCGGUGCUGCUCAACUCGAUGAUUCAAUCAAAACUGAUGCCCUGA